UCCUUAAAAUUGUGAAUUCAUACCUGUACGAGAACUGAAAUAUGCAAGAUUAGCUGUAGUAUUACUCCGGUAGCAAUGUUUGCAAAUUAUGACAGUCCAGGUUGUUGUAGCUAUAGAUCUACCUAGUUCAGUAUCUAGUUCAAAACAGUUUCGCAAGAGUGUCAUAUGAAAUGUGUGAUACGGGGAAGGUGAAUAGCUAGCUUUUAAGGUAAAAUAGGGACACAACUAUAUGAAUCAUUUGGUUUUGUAAUCACAAGGUCUAUUUAAAUAUUGACAUUGGUUGCAAAAUUGCACAUGGAUAAUAUAUAUACAGUGAUACAUAUAUAAAACUGAAACUAGAUAUUGAUUAAAACAACUCUGUGGAUUUACUUUACCUCAGGUGUUUCCAAAAUUCCUUUUUCCAACAGAGUGACCCCUAGGGAAGAUACAGGGCAAAAAGGUAUCACAAUGCAGUCAACAUGGUUUGGCCAGUUCAAGGCCAUGAUGUUUAAGGUUCUGCUCUUGAAACGCAGAAAUAAAAAGACGACAUUGUGGGAAUUUCUUUUGCCAAUAUACUUCAUCAUGAUUUUGGCAAUUAUUCGGGCAACAACACCAUCUGAUCCACUGGGUCAGUUUGGCAAUUUUCCAAACUAUUCGCUAUAUAACAGUGCAUUUUACAUGCAAAUGGCAAAUAAAACCCUUCUGGUUUCACCAGAUACAGCUGAAGUUCAAAAGUUGAUGACGGACGUGAAACAGUUAAUUCUCGACAAGACCAGCCAGACAGUAGAUGUGGAGUAUUUCGCAAACUCAUCAGAAGCUCUGAAUGCUUAUGAAAAUAACAAAACCAUGGUGUUGGCAGGAAUUGUGUUCAAUUAUAAUAAUGGUUCAAACUUGACUUAUGCAUUACGCUUCACUGAUGGAAAUUUGCCAUCUACUGAUAACAGUAAAGUUUACACUGGGCAAGGUGGCUGCCGCAGGAAAGUAAAUGGUGAACAGAAAAAUGAUGAAGGGCUCCAGAAUGAUGGUACAUGUACUGUUAACAAUUAUCUUUUCACGGCAUUCUCGAUUUUACAGACUGCAAUCGAUACAGUAUUAAUUCGAGAAGAAACGGGAGUGUCAUCAUUUUCUAUACCAGAUAUCUUAGUAGAGAUGUUACCAAAAGCAGCCUUUCUACAGGACACCAGUUACAUUCAGAUCAUUUCUUCAAUAUAUUUUGUGAUCGCUUAUUCACCAUUGAUAACUAUGUUGACUGUUGCCUUGGUGAAUGAAAAAGAGAAGAAGAUAAAGGAGGGAAUGAGAAUGAUGGGACUUAGAUCUUCCGUAUUUUGGAUAUCUUAUUUCUUGGUGUACGUUCUUAUCAUCACUGUGGUUACUGGUAUAGUGACAAUCAUAGCGUUUGCAGCAAAGUUUUUCGAGAACAGCAACUUGUUUUUCUUCUUUAUCCUACUCUUCUUAUACGGCUUGUCCAUCAUCGCUUUGGCAUUUCUGUUUACACCAUUCUUCAAUAAAACUACAACUGCGGGUGGAAUCGCCAGUUUAAGUACGAUGUUGAUAAGCACCCUGUAUCUCAUUGUGAGUUUGACUCGUACGAUAGAUGAGGGUACUGGAAGUGUAUCAUACACUGUACCAGUUUACGGAAGGUGGCUUCUUUGUCUUUUAUCACCAGUAGCUCUGGCAUUAGGAAUUGAUCAGGCAAUUUUUCUGGAUAUAAGAGGUGGUUUGACAUUUGAAACUGUAAGUCAAGGAGAAUUCCCGCUGUACGGACCAAUCCUCAUGCUUCUACUUGAUGCAUUACUCUACUUUGCUCUCGCUGUGUACUUUGAUAAUGUUAUACCAGGAGAGUAUGGUCCUCGGUACAAGCCCUGGUUUAUCUUUACGAAGGCAUUCUGGUGCCCGGCAACCAGAGAUAUAGAGACUGCUGCAGCCUAUACGAACCAGGUGAUAUUACAGAUAGAUGGUCAUACAGAGGAGGUGCAAGAAGGUGCAGAGGUAGAACCAGUCUCUGCUUCUAUGGAGUCAAAAGUUGCAAUCACAAUCCACAACCUGACAAAGACUUUCGAAGUUAAAAAGGAGAAAAAGAAGGAGACUGUCAAAGCGGUUAAUGGUUUAUCCUUGACAAUAUAUCAAGAUCAGAUAACUGCUAUACUAGGACAUAAUGGAGCAGGAAAGACAACUCUGCUAAACAUCCUUACAGGCAUGACCGGGGCAACAUCGGGCAGUGCUCGAGUUCUUGGUCUGGAUGUGUCUGAUGCACAGGACGUUGAAACAAUGAGACGUAUGACCGGAAUCUGUCCUCAACAUAAUAUCUUGUUUGACGAUUUCACAUGUCUAGAACAUCUACGUAUCUUUGCUGGAAUAAAGGGCAUUGCAGAUGAUCAAGUUGAAAAGGAGAUCAAUGCAGCCUUGGACAGUGUAGGUUUAAAGGACCAGAAAAAUACCAUUUCAAGAAAACUGAGUGGUGGACAAAAACGCAAACUGUCUGUAGCCAUUGCUGUACUAGGAGACCCAAAGAUUAUCAUACUUGAUGAACCAACUGCCGGUAUGGACCCAUACUCUCGACGCCAUCUUUGGGCUAUACUGAAAGAAAAAAAGAAGGGCCGUAUAAUUCUUCUUACAACUCAUUUCAUGGAUGAAGCAGACAUCUUAACAGACCGUAAGGCAAUUGUUAGCAAAGGUUCACUCAGAUGCUGCGGAUCAUCCCUGUUUCUGAAGAAUCGUUUUGGACUGGGAUACCAUUUAAAUAUGGUAGUAGAACCAGAUUGUGACACGCAGAAGGUCAGUUCAGUGGUGUCAGGUAUAGUUUCUGGGUCAGAAAUUAACAGGAUACAUGGGAAAGAACUUGACAUAACCCUGCCAUAUGAUGGUGUCAGCAAAUUCUCAGAAUUGUUUUCAGUUUUAGAGAAUCCAUCUACAGCACAGUCACUUGGUGUAAAAAACUUUGGUGUUUCUAUGACAACAUUGGAGGAAGUGUUCCUUAAACUUGAAGAAGAUAUUGAUAUUGAACUGGAUGUGGUCGGAAAUGGAAACAAAAAUAACGAUUCUACCAAACUUUUACCAUUGCCCCACAAACCAGGCAGCUAUGGUACAGGAGCUGACAAUGAACCUCACAAUGACGGAAAUCCGUCAGAUACAGUGAAAUGUGUUGAAGGCAAGGAAUUAUUUAUGCAGAGAUUUUGGGCACUCUGCUUGCUACGGGCCAAAAAAUUCCUUGCGACUGGACCAUACGUGUUUACUCAGCUGAUACUACCAGUCAUAUUCCUGAUUAUUGGUUUAAUACUAUCAAAAACGCUACAGUCAAACACACAGUCUACGACCCAGCAAUCACCACUAACCUUAUCUCCAGCCAUGUAUACCAAAUUGAAGGCACUAUCAAACCAGUAUUUCCCAUACGACACAGUACCAAGACUUCUUAUCAGGGACACAGUCAAUUCCACACUUUCCCAGUCAAUGAUUGGGAGUUUGUCGACAGUGUAUGAUGUGGACCAGUAUGAUGACUCUUACUACAGUGACAUGUUUAAACUUCUCAACCAGGAUGUGUCUCCACAUUACAUAGGAGCAGAAUUUGAAACCCUGGUGCAAACUGGACAGGCAAUUGAUGCAACAUACAAAGUGAUGUAUAAUGACUCAGCAGUUCAUUCUAUCCCAGCAACCAUUGCUUUGGUAAACAACUUCCUGUUGAUGGGUGUAGAAAUGAUUGUUCAAGGUGCAGCAGAUUUCAACAGGAGCAUUGCAGUAAGCAGCUGGCCAUGGCCGAAAGAUUCUGUUAAUGAUAAGGUUUACAAUGGUGCGGCAUUUGCUUCAGUAUUGUUGAUUGGAAUGUGCUUUUCCUAUAUACCUGGAGGAAUGAGUGUAGACCCAGUGAAGGACAGUGAGUUGAAAAUUCGAAGUCAGCUUCGAGUGUCAGGACUGCCAUUUACAUUAUACUGGUUGACAUUUUUUGCGGUGGAUGUUGUCAAGUUUUUCAUACCAGUGAUUCUCUCUAUAAUUGUCGUGUUUGCUGUUCAGGUUACCAGUUUCACAUACGGUGGAGCUGCAUUGAGUUUUAUACUUCUGUGCAUUUUCUACAUACCAUCCAAUAUUUUACUUGCCUACGUGGUUUCCUUUCUGUUUGACAAGUUUGAGACAUGUCAAAGUGUCGCACCUACAAUAUUCCUCAUGAUAGGAUAUUUACCAUACAUUCCAGUGGCAAUUAUUGAUAUGAUUGUCAAUCCAGACACAGCAGAAAUAAUGCAUUAUAUAUUCAGUUUCCUAAUUCCACCGUAUAAUAUAUUUGGCGGUCUAUACUACAUAGACAAGGUAUACCAGAGGGCUUAUUGGAUAAAUCAAGAAGAUUCGAUAGCGUUUGGUGACUAUUUCAAGAUGUCAAGUAAUAUACCAAUCUGCUAUCUGACAUCCAUUUUCCACAUUGUGGCAUACUUCUUUCUGAUGAGAGUCCUUGAUAUUCGUAAAACUGGUGGAGAUGUCAAAGAAGCAUGUAAACCAGGUAAAUCCAAGGCAACAGUAAUACCCUCCUCAAACCUUGAUAUAGUUGAUGGUGAAGAUGAGGAUGUGACAGCAGAACGGGAGCGAGUUAGAGAAAUGAGUAGACGGCCACAUAAUGAGCUUCCUGUAGCCAUCGCAGAAAAUCUUCGGAAAGAAUUUAAGAAAGAUGGCGGAGACUCAAACUGUUGCAAGAAGGCAAAGAAGGAGGAAUCAGUAAAGGUUGCUGUGAGAAACCAGACAUUUGCUGUGGAAGCUGGAGAAGUGUUUGGAUUGCUGGGACCAAACGGUGCAGGGAAAACAACCACCUUAAACAUGAUGAUAGCUGAUGUCAGUCCUGAUAAAGGAAAGGUAAUGGUUGGAGGAUACGACAUACGAUCCAGCAUGUCUCAGGCAUUCCAGGCUAUGGGUUAUUGUCCACAGCAUGAUGCAUUGUGGUUAGAGAUGUCAUUGAAGGAUCAUCUUGAUUGUUACGCAUUAACAAGGGGAAUCCCAGCUGACCUUGUACCUGAGGUCACUAAUUUUUUCAUUGAUAACUUGAAGUUAGACGAACAUAAGACAAAGAAAGCAAAAGACUUAUCUGGAGGAACUAAAAGAAAGCUGAGUUACUGUAUGAGUAUGCUGGGUAAACCAAGCAUUGUCUUGUUUGAUGAACCAUCUACAGGCAUGGAUCCACAAUCUAAAAGAUUUCUCUGGGACACAAUAUCGAACAGUUUUGAACACUCUGAUAGAGGUGCUAUAUUGACCACUCAUUACAUGGAAGAAGCAGACGCACUUUGUUCAAGAAUAGCAAUCAUGGUGAAUGGAAAAAUGGAAUGCUUGGGUUCAAGUCAACACUUAAAAAGUAAAUAUGGAAGUGGGUACUCCCUGGAGGUCAAGUUGAAUACAGACGAAAAUGAUGAUGAUGAAACCAUGCGUCAAAAAAUGGAACGUCUCCAUGGUUACAUACGAGAGUUAUUUCCGGAAGCUGUGGUAACGGAGCAGUUCAGUGAGCGUGUUCAAUACAAGAUACCAAAGUCAAAUGUUGAAACAUUAUCUAGAACCUUCACAGUUCUUGAGCAAGGUAAAUCAAAGUAUGACAUUGCUGAGUACAGUUUCAGUCAGUCAACAUUAGAACAGGUGUUUUUGGAGUUUGCGAAGCAGCAGUUAGAGGAAGGUCAGACCGAGGAAGAGGAUAAGGUGGAACGAACAAAAUCGUUGAUGAGGUCCAUGUCACAGGACUCCCCGUCACAUUAUACUUCACCUGUCAGAUUGUAACAACACAGGUUUCACCGUCACAUCAUACUUCGCCUGUCAGACUGUAACAACACAGAACUUGCCAUCACAUCAUACUUCACCUGUCAGAUUGUAACAACACAGGUUUCGCCAUCACAUCAUACUUCGCCUGUCAGACUGUAACAACACAGGUUUCGCCGUCACAUCAUACUUCACCUGUCAGAUUGUAAGAACACAGGUUUCGCCGUCACAUCAUACUUCGCCUGUCAGACUGUAACAACACAGGUUUCGCCGUCACAUCAUACUUCGCCUGUCAGACUGUAACAACACAGGUUUCGCCGUCACAUCAUACUUCACCUGUCAGAUUGUAACAGCACAGGUUUCGCCGUCACAUCAUACUUCGCCUGUCAGGUUGUAACGACAAAGGACUGUCAGACUUUAGUGUCUCAGAACUCGCUAUCUUAUUAUACUUCAUCUGUCAGACCUUGAUGUUUCAGAAAACGAGCGCUAAACAAAAUAAACAUAUUAAUUAUGGACACUCAUUUUAAACUUUUAGCUUACAACGUUUACAUUGUAUGUCGCUGAUUUUGGAGAAAUGAAAUUUCAAGUCCCAGUUAGUUGAAACAAGAAUUUUGACAGUUAAUACAUAACUGUAUAAAUAAAACAUGUGAACAAAUUUUUCAUUGUUAAUGUAACUAUUUUUAGCUUGACUAGUCAAAGAAAAUUGAGAGUUAUUCUACUCACUCAGGACAUCGUCGUCUAUGCCUCACCUUGAUUGUAGUUUAUUCAAGUCCAUAUCUCAGUAACCAUUGUAUUUAUUGGACUUAAACUUUACACAACAUCCCUCUCAUCCAAUAUUCACUCAUAACCAAGUUAGAAGACUGUUGGGUUGAUAUUAAUUCAAAUUAUGACUUGAAAAAAAAAAUGGUAAAAAUUCUUACGUUAGCAUAAUAAAAUGUUUUCUGAUAAAUUGCUAUAAAUUAACUCAUUUGCUGAUUAGAGCCCUUGUUUGACUAGAAGUUGUUGAAUAGUUGAGAGUGCUGUCUUAUUGACAGCUCUUGUUGUUGUUAUUUUUUUAACAGUUUUUAUCAGAGAAUAGCAUUUAUUUAUUUUUCACAUCUCCGCUUACUAAUGCUGUGUUGGUUUAUGAAUUUACAACAUCAUUUUGAAAAGGCAUUUAAACAAAAUUUAGGGAGAUAAAUUUAUUGUAACUCUCAUGAAAAAAGUGAAUGCUUAAAAUAUGAUUUAAUGGAAUGCAAGACAAACCCUUCUCUUAAUAAUUUCCUCAGUAUUGUUAAUCAUGACAGAUAAAAUCUUCCUCAAACAAAUUCCUCUUUUCUGUUUUACCAUGGCAGACAAAAUCUUCUCCAAACAGAUUCCUUUCUUCUGUUUUACCAUGGCAGACAAAAUCUUCCCCAGAUUCCAUUCUUCUGUUUUACCAUGACAGACAAAAUCUUCCCCAAACAAAUACCUCUCUUCUAUCUGCCUACCAUGACAGACAAGCAUGUUACUCUGUACCUUUGCCAAUAUGUGCAUGGGGCAAUUUGUCUCAGGGAUUUAUCCAUAUUCCACACUCUAAAGAUAAUUAAUUAAUUUUAGUAGUGAUUUUUUUCUUUUUGCAAUGGCUUUUUAGCUCACCUGAGCGAAAGGCUCAUGGUGAGCUUUUGUAACCGCUCAAUGUCCGUCGUGCAAUGUACGUUGUGCGUCCGUCAACAAUUUCUAAAAAAAUCUUCUUCUUGAAAACCACCAGGCAGAAUCACACCAAACUUCACAGGAAUGGUUCGUGGGUGGCCCCCUUCAAAAAUUUUUCAAAGAAUUGAAUUCCAUGCAGAACUCUGGUUGCCAUGGCAACCAAAAGGAAAAACUUCAAAAAUCUUCCUGUGCAAAACCGAGAGGCAUAGAACAUUGAUAUCUGGCAUGUGACAUCAUCUAAAGGUCCUCUAUGACGAUUGUUUUAAUUGUGCCCCUGGGUUGAAAAGAAGCCCCACCCUGGGGGUCACAAGUUUUACACAGACUUAUAUAGGAAAAAACUUUAAAAAUCUUCUUGUCUAAACCCACAAGACUUAGCCUUUGAUAUUACGGGGGGAGGGGGGUGUGCUGGGGUGACCGGGUGAGGGUACAAAACUUCACAUGUUGAUUAUAAAUAUAGAUGGAAAAUUAAAAAUGAAAAAAAAAAAUGAUGUUGGUGCGAGGGGGAUGCAUGAUCGUGGUGGUGGGCAUUUUGAUAUGUAGCAUUGCGUUGUGGUCCUAUACCAAACUUUUUCAAAUUAUAACCCUAGGGUGAAAAGAGGCUCUGCCCUGGGGGUCUCAAGUUUUAUAUAGACUUACGUAGGAAAAACUUUAAAAAUCUUCUCGCCUGAAACUGGAAGGCCUAGGCUUUUGAUAUUUGGUAUGUGGUAUUGCCUUGUGGUCCUCUACCAAAAUUGUUCAAAUUAUGCCACUGGGAUGAAUAGAGACCCUUCCCUGGGGGUCCCAUAUUUAACAUAGAAUUAUAUAGGGAAAAAAUACAAAUCUUCUUGUCUUGAAGUUCAAAGGCUAGACCUUUGAUAUUUGGUAUGUAGCAUUGCCUAGUGGAUUUCUAACAAGAUUGUUCAAAUUAUGCCCCUUGGAUGGAAAGAGGACCUGCCCUGGGAGUCACUUGUUAUAUGAGUUAUAUAGGAAUAUAUACUUCAAAAAUUAUCAGAUCAUAUUUCAUAGACUUUAAUUACAAUUGCCUGAUGACCCCAAUCGAUUAAGGGUCGCUUGACUGUGACCUUGACCUACUGACCUACUUUCUUGUUUUUUUAAGAUACAGCCUUGAAAAUUGGAUGGCAUGUACAGUUUUGCACAUUGAUUAUAAAACUGACUUUCAGUGACCAUGAAUGUGAUCUACUGACCUACUUUCUAAUAUUUUAGCAUCAGUUUGCCAUUUUAAACAUGUGGCUCGUAUUACUUAGGUGUGCGAUUCAGGGUCAUCAUGACCCUCUUGUUUCAAUGUGAUUUGCCAUAAAUCUUAACUGUUCACAUUUAAAUAUUGUAAUAAUGACAAGUUUCUCAAUAACCAUGUGUCUAUGUAUGUUGCAGCAGAUUCAAACUGAUUUUUUUCACACAAUAUGACAGACAAAAGUAUGUGAUGCAUGUGGUGCUGCCAUGGAAUUCAGAUUUCAAAAAAAAAAACAACUUUCUGCAUGUUUAUAUAUAUAUAAAAGAAAAAGAAGAUGAAUGAAUAUUUUUUUAAUGUUGUCCAUGUUUUACGUAUGUUUUUUUUUUUAAAUUGUGUCAUUCUUACUUCACAAUUUUUAGCUCACAUGAGCCAAAGGCUCAUGAUGAGCUUUUGUGACCUCUCAAUGUCCGUCGUGUGUCGUGUGUCCGUCAACAAUUUCUAAAAAAAUCUUCUUCUUGAAAACCACUGGGCAGAAUUACACCAAACUUCACAGAAAUGAUCCUUAAGUGCCCCCUUUCAAAAUUGUUCAAAGAAUUGAAUUCCAUGCAGAACUCUGGUUGCCAUGGCAACUGAAAGGAAAAACUUUAAAAAUCUUCUUGUCCCAAACCACAAGGCAUAGAACCUUGAUAUUUAGAAUGAGACAUCAUCUAUUAGUCCUCUAUGAAAGUUGUUCAAAUUUUACCCCUGGGAUGAAAAGAGGCCCCACCCCAGAGGUCCCAAGUUUUACAUAGACUUAUAUAGGAAAACACUUUAAAAAUCUUCUUGUCUGAAACUGCAAGGCCUAGGCUUUUGAUAUUUGGAAUGUAGCAUUGCCUAGUAGUUCUCUACAGAAUUGUUCAAAUUAUGCUCCUGGGGUGAAAAGAGGCCCUGUGUUGGGGGUCCCAAGUUUUAUAUAGACUUAUAUAGGAUUUUUUUUUUAAAUCUUCUUGUCUGAAUGUUCAAGGCCUAGGCCUUUGAUACUUGGUAUAUAACAUUGUGUAGUGGACCUCUAACAAGAUUGUUCAAAUUAUGCCCCUGGGGUGAAAAGAGGCCCCGCCCUGGGGGUCACUUGUUAUAUGAGUUGUUUAGGAAUAAAUACUUAAAAAAUUAUCAGAUCAUAUUUCCUAGACUGCUCAAUUAUAAUUACCUGAUGACCCCAAGUGAUUAGGAGUCACUUGACUCUGACCUUGACCUACUGACCUACUUUCUUGUUUUUUAAGAUACAGCCUUGAAAUUUGGAUGACAUGUACAGUUUUGCACACUGAUCUUAAAAUUGACUUUCAGUGACCAUGAAUGUGACCUACUGACCUACUUUCUAAUAUUUUAGCAUCAGUUUGCCAUUUUAAACAUGUGGCUCAAAUUACUCAGGUGAGCGAUUCAGGGUCAUCAUGACCCUCUUGUUACUAAAUGUUAUUCUCUAUUGGUACAGAAGCAUAUAUUUUGGUUUUGUAAUUUAUGACAUUUCGUGAAUAUUGUUAUGUCCUUUUACAUUGUGUUAUAUAUACUAGUGUAAUUGUUAAACAUUUUAAAGUUCCAUAAGGCUGUAAGUUUUAUGUAAAAAGCUGAUAAAGCAGUUAUCCAAAUAGAGAAUAUGCAUAACAAGACUUAGUAAAAUCCUACUUUCAUUAUUAGACAUGAACUUACAGUUUUAGCCAUAAAGGGAGGUAAUCAAAACAGUGCAUUAGAUAAUAUUUCUAACACGUUUAUCAAAUAUUCAAACCUAUCAUAGACUUGCAAGAAAACAAUUAUUGAAAAUAUGAUUUCAGCAGAAAAUAAAAUAUUUUGAAUUGUGAAAAGAAAUGUGGCAGCCACAUUUUAGAAAAUGGCAUUAUGGCCCUUUAAUUGUUAGAAGGAAAGUAAGCAUAUUUUGUCAACAGAUUUAUUUAUAUCGUGAAGCUGUACAGGUUUGGUCCACAUUUCAUUUAUAUAUUAAAGUUGUACACCUCCAAUUUAUUUAUCUUUACCGGCAAUUUUUUUUAUCUAGUAUACCUUUGAAAGUUGCACUCCUUUCAUCAACAAUUUAUUUAUAUCUUUAAAUUCUGUUUUCAAGGGCAGAUAAUUCUUUUUCAAUACCGGUGACCUAUAGCUUAUAUUGCAUAUGUUUAUUUUUGUCCUUCAGUAUCCAAAGUUUCAAGAAAUUAUUAAGAAAACUUUGGUCCAUCUCAUAUAUCGAGGGUUCAACGCAAUAAGGGCGUAUCUACAUAUAAUAAUCAUAUGUAGAUACGCCCUUAUUGCGUUGAACCCUCGAUAUAGGAAUUCUAGCCAACACUUUUAAGCUCAGUACAUAUCCAGUUUUUUUUUAAUUUUGAAGUUUCUAUCAACAGAUACUAAAGUUAAUUAAAAAAUAUUUUAAAGUGAUUGUUUAUGUUUCACGAAGUAUUUACAUGUAAAUUAAACCACUCAUUUAGUCACUAGUAUAUGUAGAUAACUGUCAGAAGUGCUAGCCACACUAUUGAUAUUUGAUAUGAAUUAGAAGAAAAUUACCUCAUAUGAUACCCAGACAGGUGUGUAUUUAAAAAAUACUGGUUUAUCAUUUUCAAUAUUUAGUUUCAAUUGUUGCAUGUUUUUUUGUUUUGCUUUUUUAAACGAAAUUUUUUAUGUUUUUGUGGUGAUAUGUUGCGAUUAUGAAUUAAUGGACUUGAUGCCAAAUUACACGAGGAUAGGAAGAACCAAAGAAAGUUGUUUCAUGGCAGUGAUGUGUAUAAAAUCAAGUCAUGCUUUAAACAACACUCAAGUAUAAUUUCUGAGGCAAAUUUAACCCUUACCAUGCUGGACAUGACUGAUUCUGCCUUUGCGACCAGUGUAGAUCAUGAUCAGCCUGAUCAUGAUCUGCACUGUUCACAACUCAGUCGGUAUCUUUUUGGUAAGCACCCCUUUUAACAGUUAAUGGUACUGUCCAUGUUGAAAGAUGGACAGGGUAAGGAUUAAAAUGAAUAUUGCUUGUGAGUCACUACAAAGUUACAAAUCAAUAUAGAUCUACAACUCUUUAAAUGAUCAACUUUAUCUGUGAUAUUUUUACUAUAACCUCUUAUUGUUCACUAAAUUGCAUUAUUUUCACAAGUUUGCUAAGUGCUGUGGUGGUUUUUAUAUGUUUCAAAUGAGUUACAAAAAUCAUUUGUUUCACCAGAUUUCAGACUGUUCUUUUGUGGCUGGUCAAGUGACUGUAGGUGCUAUUGUUUUUAUCAUUUUACUCUUGUUGAAAAUGUUCCACAUAUUAUUAGAUAUGGCAGCUCAUGUUGGAUUUGAUGAGCAGUAUGUAGAUUGGUAGAGCUUUUGAGCAUUUUAGAGGAUGCUGAAGUCAUUUUUAUAAUGCUGAGAAAUGACGUCGUCUAACGGCUGAUUAAAAGUUCUCAAAUACAUGUAUAUCCAAUUUAUAUAUUGUUUAUAAUUAUAUGUUUUAUUUAGAUAACACGUUUUUCAUGACACAACUCUUUAACAUUUAGCCUGCUGGCGGCAAGUUAUUCUGCCUUUGCGACCAUUGCAGACCAAGGUUGAUCAUGGUCUGCACUGAUCGCUAUUCAGUCAGUAAAUUUUCAGUGAACACCCCUUCGAAUAAUAAAUGAGACUGCCCAAAUUGAAUGGUGGACAAGUUCUUUAUAGAAAUUUAGCAAGCUAAGAGUUAAUUAUAUUGCAUGCAUAUAUUUUUUUGAACAUACCUCUAAACAGAUCUGUUCCAUUGCAAAUAUGUAUACUACCAUUUCAAAGAAGCUCUGUGUCCAGUACUGCUGUCUCAUUUUUGUAUAUGUCAGAUUUCCAGGGAUAAGGGUUAACUGAAUGUUCUACAUGAGAAAACGUGCUGUAGAAUGGCAUUGAAUCUAACCAGUCCAUUUAAUUGAAAAUAUAUAUAUAUAUAUUUACUUCAUAUAGCGUUGAAAGCUUCAAUGACAAUCAGAACCUAUCCAGUCUUUUUUUGGUUUGAACAAUUAAGGUGGAAUAGCACUUUGUAAUUUUUUUACAACCCGCAUAUGAUUUUGAUAUCAUAUCGAAGUAGAAGUUAUCCCCGGCAUGAAUGUGUAGCUGUUUUCUUGGUUACUAGUGAAACUUUUUAGCUAUGACGUCGCAAACAUUACCAUGAACGUCUGUUUUUGCGCCACGUUAACAAGCGAUAAAAAGUCGGUUUAUUUUCUAUCAUUUGUUCGUUUUUCAAUUUACGGCAUUGAAACUUACAUCUUUAUGUGAGUUACACAAAGAUCUACGGCGCUGGAUAGUUUUUGUCACUUCUGUUUUCAAAACGAUGGUAAAAAUGAAGAAAAACGAAAUUCUCAAAAUUUUAGUUUUAUUGAAAAAAUUGCACACUCGUUAAAUUACCGGGAAAACGGCUCGAAAUUUUUUUGCCAUAAUUUUAUAUAUUCAAGAUGAAAUUAUGUUUGAUAAAAUUUCAAAAAAUUGAGAACUUUUACCAUCUAGUAUUCUUUUCAGUCACUGAUUUUGUCCCCUAUCUGACGAACAAAAAGUGACGUCAAAGUGCAUUUUUAGAUACAACGUUUCGUAAGAAUAUUCUGUUGCUUAAAAAGGCAUGACUAUUCCCCUGUAAAUAUACUUCAUUUUUCUCAAUUCUUAAUUAUUUUAUAAUAAAAAUAUUUCAUGAAUGAAUUUUAUAACAAUUUUUUUUCCAGAUCUUGUUUAAUCUGGCAAAAAUGUGCUGUCAUGUAGGCAAUCAAAGUCAUUUAUAAAUAUACCUUUUUUUACGAAAAGAAAAUUGUUUGAAAAUUUUAAUAACUAAAGAAUGUAAAAGCUGAAGAACUUUAAAGAAGGAUCUCGAGCCCGCCUGCCCACUUUGCUUAGUAGUGAGAGCGCAGAUCUGCGGAUCGCGGGUUCGUGAGCUCGAGCCCUGAGCGAGGCGUACUUUCUACGUGAUGAUAUGAUAGAAACAGUGUCUGAAAUCAUUCGUACUCCACCUCUGAUUCAUGAGGGGAAGUUGGCAGUUACUUAGCGGGGAACAUGUUUGUACUGGUACAGAAUCCAGGGAAGCUGAAUUGCUCAACUGCCCGACGUUGCAUAAAUGAAAUACUAUUGAAAAAAAAAAACAAGACAAACGAACAAAAGAAGAAUCUCAUGACUACAGUGAGAUCAAAUGAACAUGUGACAUAACAGAUUUAAUCAAUUGUAGUGAUAAAGACAAUGUCUUACAGGAAGACUUUUCCGCAGGUAACAUAUAUUUUUUUCUAAAAUGUAGUAGUGUUUGACAAUUACUUGUUUCCCCUUUAAAAUAAUACUUUGCAGUGAUAGGUGUUGGUACAUAGAUGUUUAGAUUUUAUACAUGUACUUUUACCUUUGCUAGUAACAUAAGUAGAAGCUCGUGCUUUAUUUUGUUGAUGAUUAGAGAUAUCGCAGUGCGUGCGUGCGUGCGUCCGUUCGGCUAAUUUUUGUCCAGAUCAUAACUUCGUCGUAUAUUUUGAAAAAACUUUAUGCUUUACUCAGUGAGAUCGAUUCUCGCGAGCAAGAAAAGGACAUCUAUCUGUAGGAUAAAUGUAACAUUUAACUGAGGUGGUUAAAGAAAGGUUGUAAUCACAAAAAUCAUCAUACUGAGACAAUGUAGCAUUUUCCCAAUGUGGAGCAACAAAAAUUAAACAGACGGAUGUUGAGACUGACGUCACACUGACACAAUUUUAGUCAUAUAGCGGCUUUCUAGUUUUUGAUGAUUGAGAAGACCCCAUGUUUUCGUUUGUGCAUUAUUUAAGGGAAGAGAUAAAUUGUCAUGCGCAGGAGAUUAUAUGCGCGCACGAGAUAAAAUGUCAAAGACACAAGAUAAAAUGUCAUGCGCUCGAUAUAAGACGUCAUGGGCUCGAGAUAAGAUGUUUUAAUCUAAAAUAAAUGCCCUUUUCCUAAACAUAACGUCGCAUAAUACAGUGCUGGUAUCCUUAAAAUAUUAACAGUGUAAAGUUCGAUCUUGUUUGUAGACAGGCAUUUUUUCUAUAAAGAAUAAAGACAUUAAAAGUAUGUCAACAUUCAAAUUAUUUGCAAUUUUUUCCGACAGGAUGAAAUGCUAAAAAUGGCACAUUGUCGUGACCGUCAGCAGGGAAUAUGCGCAAUAUUAACUGAGAAGGUUGGAAAAGUGCUAGUGUAACUAACUGGUCAAAAAUAAUGGACUCAUUGUACGUGUAAUAGUUUGGGAUCGCAUCGAUAUUGCGUGGAACAAUCUAAUCAAAUGUUUAAUCAAAUGCAAUAAUUCUAUAAAUUAUGUGUCUUUCAUUCUUACCCUUUCCUACUUACCGUGUUCAAACUAUGAAGUAUGUAUUUAAUUUGUAUAUGUAUAACUGGGGAUAAAAUAUGUUUAAACUAAAAUGCAAUAGUACAUUUUUUCCAACUGUUAUGAAAAUGAGUUAAUGCGUUUUUUUUUUUCAUUCAAUAGCCAUUUUUGAUUUAUUAUAUAUGUUCAGUGGUUUAUUGUUUUUUUCGGUUAUAAAAAUGUUCUGAAUAGAAAAUAGAAUAAAAUUCUUUUAUUACCUUCACACAGGAAGAGUACAUAAUAUGUUAUACAUGCACAAAUACAUUUAACAUAAAGUAUUUUAUAAAUAACAAUACAUAAUGCAAAAAUACUUAAAGCUAGAUACUUUGCGAUUUCUGUUAUAUGCACAUACAAAGCGUGAUUGAAAAUGUAUUGUGGCUGUUCAUCCAUAUUAUUCUAUUGACGCAACGUUAAUUAGAGUUUAUAUUUUGACGUCACAAUUUACUGAGGGAUAUGUUUAAUAAACCAUUAAUUAAAAAAUAACUGGAUGGUAAAGGUACUUGAUUUUUUAAUAUACUAUCAAACAUAAGUUUAUCUUGAAAAUAUAAAAAAUUGGCAAAAAAAUUUCGAGCCGUUUUUCCGUUAAUUAGACAAGUGUGCCAUUUUUUCUAAAAAUCUGAAAAAUUGGAAAUGUCGUUUUUCUUCAUUUUUUUCAUAAUUUUGAAAAUAAAAGUGACAAAUACAGUCUAGCGCCGUAGACUUCUGUGUAACUCACAUAAAGAUGUAAGUUUCAUUGCUGUAAAUAGAAAGAUAAACAAAUGAGAGAGAAUAAACUGUUUUUUUAUCGCUUUUUAACGUGGCGCCAAAACAGACGUGCAUGGUAAUGUUUGCGACGUCAUAGCUAAAAAGUUUCACUAGUAACCAAGAAAACAGCUUCACAUUCAUGCCGGGGAUAACUUCUACUUUAAUAUGAUACCAAAAUCAUAUGCGGGUUGUAAAAAAAUUACAAAGUGCUAUUCCACCUUAAGGAUAAAGUAAGAAAUUUCUUUGAUAGUUUCCAGCGUGUUAUUUUUACACAUUGCUUGAUUUAUAGACUUAUGUAGACUGGUUUAUGGGCUUAUGUAGACUGGUAAUAGACAUACUUACACUGUAUCAACAUAUGGUUUAUGGGCAUAUGCAGACUGGUUUACGGGCAUAUGUAGACUGGUUUACAGACACAUGUACACUGGUUUACUGACAUAUGUAAACUACAUACUGUAAAAGUUUUAAUAAUGAAACCUCAAUAGAAUAAACUCCUCUCUGUGUACAUAGAUAUUUUCUUUCCCUUUUGAUAAAAUUCAUUAUGUGCCAACCUUACAGUUUUUUAUCAUGGUGUUCAGUCUGAAAUGGUUGUAAAAUAUAUUUUUAGGAACUUGGAUAUAGAUAUAUAGACAUUAUUCAGAUUUAGAAUUUUAUACAUCUUGUACUUUUCUUCAGCUUCUGUAUCAGUUUACAAACACAAAUCUACAGAUUUUAUUGUUACAAUAUUGUGUUAUUGGUGUUAUUGUUGUUAUAUUUUCUAGUUCUUUGGGAUCAUGGAGAACAUUCAUUUUUCGUUAUAAUAGAAUACUGCUUAAGCCAGUGGUCAUGAAGGUGUUGUACAUUUCAUUACCUCUCAUGAAUAGACUCAUUCACACCGAGUCUGCUAUCAUGAAUAGACUCAUUCACACCGAGUCUGCUAUCAGGAAUAGAUUCAUUCACUACGAGUCUGCUAUCAGGAAUAGAUUCAUUCACUACGAGUCUGCUAUCAUGAAUAGACUCAUUCACACCGAGUCUGCUAUCAUGAAUAGACUCAUUCACACCGAGUCUUCUAUCAUGAAUAGACUCAUUCACACCGAGUCUGCUAUCAUGAAUAGACUCAUUCACACCGAGUCUUCUAUCAUGAAUAGACUCAUUCACACCGAGUCUGCUAUCAUGAAUAGACUCAUUCACACCGAGUCUGCUAUCAUGAAUAGACUCAUUCACACCGAGUCUUCUAUCAUGAAUAGACUCAUUCACACCAAGUCUGCUAUUAUGUUGCUUGGUUGUUUUCUAUGCUUCCAAAGGAGCUUUUCACAGAUUUUAUUAUUGAUCGGGGUGGCUAUGAUUUCUUAUUUAUGCAUGAACGGUGCUGUUCUAUCAAAAUUUGAAUUCAGGUUUUCAGGGACUUACUGAAACUAUUUCUGUUAAACGAAAAUAACCAGUAUAUAAUUACCACUGGAAUAUCUUGUUAAUGAUCAAACAUGUAUAUAUGAUUGUAAAAUGUACAAUCAUAUAGAAUUGUUUGAGAUAUUACCAGUAUUCUACCAACCCUGGAGACCAGUAACAUUAGUUCGCUGGAUUUUGCAAAUAUAUAGAAGAAAUUCACAAAAAAACCUUGUCUCAGACAGUAUUUAGAUGAAGAUUUACAUUUUGUUAGUACAAACAUAGAGAGUAAAAUCUUAGCCUCUUUGAUUACUAUGUUUAGCAUGCAUUACGGUCCAAACAGUACGUGUUUAUAUGUUUCAGAGUGUAUAAAAUGUCAUACAUAACAUACUGGUACAUCUAUUAUAGCUUUCAAAGAUUGCCUUCAUAUCCAAAUGUUUUACGAGAAUAUAUACAAAUAAAUUGCUUUUAUGUUGUUA